CCGGUGUAAUCUUCAGUAACCAUGGAUUUCAACUUGCAUACAAUACUGCGUCUUCAGUUAUCUAUGUUAGCUCUUCUUCUAUUUCUGAGCGUAGGGUUUGCUAUAAUUCCAAGCAUCAACACAGACAAAGAGGCACUGAUCUCAUUCAAGGAGGCCUUGAUUAAUGCCCCUCCGUCUUUAAUCUGGGACCAGAAUACAUCACCUUGCAGCAAUUGGACUGGAGUUGUUUGCAGAAAGCAUGAUCAGAAUCAGAGAGUUGUUGGUCUUGAUCUUUCAGGCUUGGGACUUACAGGGUCCAUAAGCUCUCACAUUGGUAACUUAUCCUUCCUCCGUUCCCUUCAACUUCAAAACAACAAGUUGACAGGAGCUAUUCCAACUCAAGUUGUUAACCUUUUCCGCUUGAGAUCUCUGAACCUGAGCUCCAACACCAUACAAGGUCCACUACCUUCUAACAUGAGCCACUUGACUGCACUAGAAAUACUCGACUUGGCGGGGAACAACAUAACAGAAAGGCUCCCUGAGAAGUUGUUCGGCUUAAGUAAACUUCGAGUCUUGAAUCUUGCACGAAAUCAUUUCUUUGGUUCUCUUUCUCCAUCCAUAAGCAACCUCUCAUCCACGCUCACAUAUUUGAACUUGGGUACAAAUAGCCUCAGUGGGAUCAUACCUAGUGAGGUGGGUCUGCUUAAUAGUCUCAAGGAACUUGAUCUCUCUGGUAACAAGUUCACUGGGACUGUUGCUCCCUCCAUAUACAACAUCACUUCAUUGGUUUUGUUUACUGUUGCUUCAAAUCAACUUUGGGGUGAGAUUCCCAAAGAUAUUGAUCAAACACUUCCAAAUAUUCUAUACUACCGGAACUGCUUCAAUCUAAUGACAGGGAAGAUUCCUGCUUCUUUGCACAAUAUCACCAAGAUUCGAUCAAUUCGGAUGUCAAACAAUUUUCUUGAAGGAACAGUCCCACCAGGGCUAGGAAACUUGCCAGACCUUGAAAUGUACAACAUUGGCUUCAAUCGGAUUGUUAGCAACGGCAGUGAUGGUCUCAGUUUUAUCACUUCAUUGGCGAACAGCACCAACCUGCAAUUUCUGGCGAUCGACGACAAUCAAUUAGAGGGAGUCAUUCCAGAUUCACUUGGCAAUCUCUCGAAGGUUCUCUCUAUUUUGUACAUGGGAGGGAAUCGGAUUUACGGUAAUAUUCCUGCCUCAGUUGGUCGUCUUAGUGGUUUAACUUUGUUUAAUGUGAGCUACAAUUCUAUAUCUGGUGAAAUUCCCACUGAGAUAGGCCAAUUGAAAAACAUGCAAGUGCUUACUUUAGCUGGAAAUGAAAUGGCUGGUCACAUUCCAAACUCCUUGGGAAAUCUCAAAAAGUUGAACGAGAUUGAUUUAUCUGGUAAUCACUUUGUUGGCCAAAUACCCUCUUCUUUUUCAAACUUUCAGAGUCUGCUUUCCAUGGACUUAUCAAACAAUCAGCUCAAUGGAACCAUUUCCGGUGAGACUCUAAACCUCCCUACUUUAAGCACCAUCCUCAAUCUGUCCAAAAACUUUCUUACUGGACAUUUGCCUUCAGAAAUUGGAUCUUUAGUAAGCCUUGUCACUAUAGACCUUUCUGAUAAUGGUUUAUCUGGAGAUAUCCCGGGAUCACUAGGAAAGUGUAAAAGCUUGGAGAGAUUGUUGAUGUCAAGAAAUAGAUUUUCAGGUCCUAUUCCUAAUGGUCUAGGCGAAUUGAGAGGCCUUGAGUUUCUAGACCUUUCCUCAAACCAGCUUUCCAGCUCCAUCCCAGAGAAUUUUCAAGACCUACUCGCUCUUCAAUACUUGAAUCUAUCAUUUAAUCACUUAGAAGGAGUGACUCCCAAUGGUGGAGUGUUUGUUAAAAAUUUCACUGCUGUUCAUCUGGAAGGCAACCCAAAAAUUUGCCUCAAAUUUCCAUGUGCGAAGAAGAAUAUUAGCAGAAUAAUAGUACCAGUUUUGGUCAUUACUGUUGUGUUAGCAACAAUAUGUGUUACGCUGGGCUUGGUCUAUGCCAAAAAAGGAAAAGACCGUAAAGCAAAAAUUGCAGGAAGUGAUGACUUACUAGUAAAAGGGCAGCAUCAAAUGGUAUCGUAUGAAGAACUCCGUCGCUCAACAGAGAAUUUCAACCCGGGAAAUUUGGUUGGAAGAGGGAGCUUUGGUUCUGUAUAUAAAGGGUUUCUUAGAGACCAAGGAAUUGAAGUUGCAGUCAAGGUGCUUGAUAUAAGACCAACAGGGUCUUGGAAAAGCUUCUUGUCAGAGUGUAACGCUCUAAGGAGUGUGAGACACCGGAAUCUUGUCAAACUGAUCACCUCCUGCUCAAGCUUAGACUCUAAAAACAUGGAGUUUCUGGCUUUGGUUUAUGAAUAUAUGAGUAAUGGGAGCUUGGAAGAUUGGAUUAAGGGCAAAAGAACAAAUGCAGAUCGAAAUGGUUUAAGCAUUGUGGAGAGAUUAAAUAUGGCAAUUGAUGUUGCUUGCGGAUUGGAUUACCUCCAUAAUGACUGUGAAGUUCCAGUGGCUCACUGUGAUUUAAAGCCAAGUAACAUUCUUGUGGACGAGGACAUGACUGCAAAGAUUGGAGAUUUUGGGCUGGCAAAGUUGCUGAUAGAAGAAUCAGAUCAACAUUCUAUUGGCUCCACCAAUGUCCUCAAGGGUUCCAUAGGAUACAUACCCCCAGAAUAUGGUUUUGGACAAAAACCCUCCACCGCUGGAGAUGCAUACAGUUUUGGGGUAAUGUUGUUGGAGCUGUUUACUGGAAAAAGUCCAACGGAUGAAGACUUCACAGGAGAUCUUAACCUCGUUCAGUGGGUGCAGUCAUCUUUUCCCCACAACAUUGCACAAGUACUGGACUGUAAGUUGUUACAUUGUCAGCACGACAAAGGCUCAAAUCCCAUCUCAGAAGAACUGAAUUGUCUGACCUCAGUUAUCGAGGUUGGGCUCUCUUGCACCUCGGCAUCUCCUGAUGGACGCAUUAGCUUGAGGGAUGCCCUUCACAAACUUCAAACUGCUAGAGACACCUUUUUGAAGCUUGCUCAUUUUGACAGUGUAGACUGCAGAGUGUAACUUUCAGCAAGGCCUUACCGAUUACCUUGUACCAACUGGUAGUACAUGUUAAGACUGAUAGUGUAUAAAUAACUGAUGUAAUAAUACCUGUCCAUACAUAGUACCCAGUAAAUGCUACUUCUAUAUGUGAUGAACAUACGAUCUGGUUUUUAGCUGAAACUGGCCAUCAGAAAUUGAGCACAUGUAUGAUAUUGGGUAAACAAGGGGGGAAAUAGCUUA